CAAAGACACAUUGGUCCGGCGCGUCUCUACUUUCCUUUACUUUACUACCACAGUGGAGCUCAACAGACAGCGGAGUAUUUUACAACUUUCAUUUCAAGAUAUUAACACACAUAUCUUUAUAUGUAUUUUUUUUUUCUUUUUGUAAAACAAUCCUCCACUUCUGUAUACUUUAUUCAUUUGUAUUUUUGAAAAAGUGCAAAAUUCUGGUGGAUAUGCACAGGGAAUUAUUAGAGGUCUAGAAACAUAUGUAAAGACGGAACCGUCACAGCAAACAACAGCCCCAGGUUCGGAAGAGCGCCUGCAGUCGAGCUCUCAGUCCCGUCUCCAGGACACGUGCACCGCCGCGCGAGCCGCUACAGCCCCGAACCCCCAGCGCGCGACUCCGCCCGCACAACCCAGCACGAUUCAGCGAGCACGAGCUCAACCAGACAUGCCCUGUGUUCAGGCCCAGUAUGGCCCCGCACCUCCAGGGUCCAGCUACUCCGCCCAGUCCUUCGGCUACCACAGCGAAUACCACAGUGGCGAGCUGAUGGCACCGGACUACAGCAAGUGUGAGCUUGGCGGUGGGGAGAUCUCAGCUGCUGCAGCCACCACAUCACUGCCCAGCUUUAAUGUGUUUGUCGAGGGCGGCUUUGAGCCCAAACCCUCUUGCUUGUACCAGGUGCCAGCACCACAACGGCCCAUCAAGAAAGAAGAGGAAAGCUACGCAUCCGUUGAUGAGACACUGGCCUCUAGUUCCAUGUAUUUUAAGCAGUCGCCGCCCUCGACUCCGUCCACGCCAAUUCACCCUGGCCCAUCUUUUCUGUGGGAGGAAACUCAUGGCAUGCCUCAUGUGCCCCAGGCAUGCCCGCGUUUCACCCAUUUCUAUGAUCAGACUCCACAGCCCGUGCCCACAUCCAGCAGCUACGAGGCGCCCAUAGGCCUGCCAAUCCGGCCCGAGCGCUCUCCUUCGUCCUCCUCUUCUUCAGCGCAUCCACCGUCUGGCCUGGAGGCUCACUCACAUCCGCACUCACAUAUGUAUGCACUGAAUGUGGGCAAACCAGGAGGUCUGGGAUUCCGUUCGCUGGGCAUGGGCCCGUGUCCGCCGACUCUGCUGUCUGAGAGUCUGCCGUCGCCGCCCGGUCGCGUCACAUCCGGAGAAGGGAUGUGCGCUGUUUGUGGAGACAAUGCUGCCUGCCAGCACUAUGGUGUACGCACCUGUGAGGGCUGCAAAGGAUUUUUUAAGAGGACAGUGCAGAAGAAUGCAAAAUACGUUUGUCUGGCCAGUAAGAACUGCCCGGUGGACAAAAGAAGACGGAACCGCUGUCAGUACUGCCGUUUCCAGAAGUGUCUCAGUGUGGGCAUGGUGAAGGAAGUGGUGCGCACAGAUAACCUGAAGGGAAGAAGAGGUCGUUUGCCAUCAAAGCCGAAGAGUCCAUUGCAACCUGAAAGUUCUCCCCCGUCGCCCCCUCUGAGCCUGCUUAAUGCUCUGGUCCGAGCCUACUCACAGUCUGUCCCUCGCGAGCUCGACUACACCCAGUUCAGUUCAGUAGAGACGGGAGCUUUAGCCGAAGCUCAGCAGAUUCAGCUCUUCUAUCGCGUCCUCACAGGCUCUAUGGAGGUGACUCGACGCUGGGCCGAGCGGCUACCCGGUUUCACUGAGCUCCACCACGAUGACCAGAGUCUGCUUAUAGACUCUGCCUUCCUUGAGCUUUUCGUGCUCCGACUAGCAUACAGGUCGAUGUUGGCUGAGGAGAAGUUUGUCUUCUGCACAGGUCUGGUACUUCACAGAUUACAGUGCUUGCGAGGGUUCGGAGAGUGGCUUGACUCCAUCAGAGACUUCAGCGCUCACCUUCAGAGUCUCAGCCUGGACUUACCUGCUUUCUCCUGUCUCUCAGCCCUGGUGUUACUUACAGAACAAUGUCCUGGCCUCAAGGAGCCAAAGAAGGUGGAAGAACUGCAGUCCAAGCUUGUCUGCUGCCUUCGAGAUCACCUGAGCUCAGGUGGGGCCGCAGGCAUGGCUGCAGCAGGUAAAGCCCCGCCCACUGUUGCUGCUGUCCUCAAUCUCAGAGCGGAACUUCGAUCCCAGCGUACUCAAGGCCUGCAGAGGAUCUUUUAUUUGAAGCUGGAGGACCUGGUGCCACCACCCCCACUUAUUGACAGGUUCCUGGACACACUGCCGUACUGAGGCGGACACCCACCACACCGCCACCACAGCUCGGACUUUACCCACUAACUGGGGACACACCACGGAGAACGGAGCCUUUAAAGAGACUCGAUGAACUCACUAAUUAUAUCCCACGAGGCUGCUUUCCACCUCAGCUCUGCGUCGGACAUUGUGUGUGUAUAGGAGUGUGUGGACCGGAGAGCAAUGCCAUGCUUUUGGACUAUGGUUCAGUGUGUCUUGUGAUUGAAAAUGUGUGUGUGAGAGGGAUUUUUCAGUCAGACGGCUGGCAGGAUGCUCUACUGAUGUAUCAGACACGAAAAAAGAGUCUCUGUGGAAAGCUUUUGGCAAAUUAAUCAAGAGACGACCAGACUAAGUGCAUUAAAUUCUAACCGCCGAAUCACACUCCCAAAACUGCAUACAAGUGCAAUUUACUAAGUGCUAUUUCAAAUAAAAGCAAGAAAACAAUGGAGUGUGUGUUUCAACUCUAAAUUGUUUUAAUACUACGACUCGCCCCGUGAGGCAACAGUUUCAGAUCGAGCAGAUUGAGCAGAUCACACCAGUCUGUGCACUAACUCUUGUGGGACUGUGAGCUCCACAGACUUGAAAUGACUGUAGAUUUUUAUUAUUUCUGGUUUGUGUAAACCAGAGAAUAUAGGGUUAGAUAAGUAGAACAGUAACACAAGCUAAGGAAGCUGAAAGCACUUAAAAAGCAGACAGGUUUGGUAUAGAACGAUGAUGUGAAGAAGAGAAAGCAGAGGGCUGGAUGGACAAAACAUUCCGCUCAUGCGCAAUUUUGUAGGUUUUUAUUGUACACCAUUUAUUAAUACAGAGGACUUUGUUGCAAAAAAAAGUUGUCUUUUAUUUGUACAAAAACUGAUUAUAUGCAUGGUUUUCUCAUUUCUCGCUCUUUUUUGCCUGUAUUUAUUUUGUUUGCAAAAGACGGCCAGCUCCUCAAGGGCUUGGACACAUUCACCGACUACUGGGCAUUCUCGCUGACACUGCCUAGAGGCAACCCUUUGCAACAGAAGAAAAAUUAUAUAUAUAUACGACACAACUAAUAUUUUGAAGUGUUCUUCUUGGAUAGAUUUUUUUCAAAUAUUGUGGUAUGAGUUGUGCAUCUUUUUUAUGUCUGUUUGAAAUUUCCUUUUUUUUCUUUUGGUUCACUGGAGGCUCUGUUCAGCACUUUGAAAUCAUAAAGAAAAACUCUGAUUA